CUUUUUUAAGAUCAUUGUCACUCAAAGCAUCAUUCACAAAGGCAUAAAAUACAAAAAUAUAAAGCAAUUCAUUCACUUCUUACCAUUCUGACUUACUCUCUCUCGCUCUUUCCUCUUUUUUUUGUCAGUUACCUGCCAGCUCGCUGUACCUGCAUAAUAAACAGAAUUAUAAUUGAAACAUUGUCAUCAAAGGCUCAAUCAACAUCACAUCUCCUCUUAAACACUUACCAUAUAUACCCAUACUUAGGUUGUGAGGGAUAUGGAGGCUAAAGAGAAGAAACGAGCGCCACCACCAAAACUUCAACCUGUUAAAGCUGACCAGCUGAGGGAUAAAGAAGCUUACCUUGUCGAUUACUUUGGCGAAGCCAGUCUACCUUUGGUAGCGACCAGUACAAUCGUACGGCCACCGAAGCGACCUCUCUACACCAGAGCAAAAAGCAGCAAUCAAUCCAACAACAUAUCCAGACCGCCUAUUACACUACAGCGCUCUCAAGAUGCAGAGAACACUAUGACUGUGAAAAGUCAAGUACCACUAACAUCCUUUGAAGGGAUUAGCGUGAAUUCCUUCUCACAGGCAGAGGUACCACCGAUACAAAAGCCUCAUCCUGGUUCAAAAACUGAAGAGCAAGGAUCGCUUCAGAAAAAGCGAACGCCUCUGGCAGAUACCCUAAAACUGGGUUCCGAAGGAUCUGCAGAAGCACUACUAGGGCCGAAGGCUAACUUUACUCCUCCUCAGCACAAGGUCUUCAGGAAAGCAACGGGGAAGGAAAACAUUCCUCCUCAGACACCCCUUAGCUCACGCUCUAAAACUCUCAAACCAAUUACUAAAACUGGGCUACGAAAGUCCUUCAAUUGGGGUCGUCCAUACAGAGGUGAUGUUGCAGAUCUAGAGAAUCAAGAAGAAUCGAGAGCGGGAAAUGAUAACAGCAAUUCAACAGGAGACCUACAGGCAGAGCAAGAGAAGAAAGAAUCACCCGUGGAGGUAACAGCAUCAACAUCAUGUGAGUUACCAAUACAAACCUUACAAGAAGAAGACGUCGCCAUUGUGGACCAGGCUCGGGUACGGCAAGGUAGUCAUCGCGACGUAGAUAUACCAGGCUCUGUUCACAAGAGAAUGAAACAUAGCAUGGAUGACUUUCCAGAGUCUCACGAGGGCCCUUCAAAGCCCGCAGCACAAUACUUGGAUGUUACGGCAACGAACAAAGCUACAGUACAAGCCGUGCACACAGCAUCGGCAUCAGUACCAGCGCUAGUAUCAACGUCACCAUCAGCUCUCUCGACCUCUGUUACCCCUACUUAUUCCUCUGAACAACCAAAAGAGUCAACAGGAACAAAAGCGGAAUCGAGGGUUCAGGACCAGCCAUCAGUCAAUUUAGUCCCUAAGGCCAUGCCUGGAGAAGCCCCUAGCACAUCCAAUUCAUCUCAAUUAUCAAAGACUCCAAAGCCUGCUUCAACACUACCUCAAACCAACAACCAUCAGAAACAGCAGUCGCAUGGGUUACGUUCAGAAGGGAUUGCCUCUAUUGCAAUGCAUUUGGCGAUAGGAGCAGCUCAGGCUCCACCAUUACCGCGUCCCCAGCAGCGAAUCGGAGGAUCCAUGGUAGCUCAAAGACCUCUCAAUGAUACAUCAGACCCCCCUGUAUCUACACCGCCUUCUUUAGUGGCAGUGACAUCAACACAGGGCCGAGGAGAGCUCGGUGCGCGACUAGUCACAAUGGUCAACAAUCGGCCUUAUACUCGGUUGACUCAAGUCGGCAAAGGAGGCAGUUCUAGAGUAUACAAAGUGCUUGCCUCAAACUCGAGGAUUUUUGCGCUCAAGAAGGUCUCAUUUGAGGAGGCUGAUCAGUCUGUUAUCAAUGGAUAUAUCAACGAGGUGAAAUUAUUAACAAGGCUGGUCGGUAAUUCGAGAAUCAUUAGGCUGUAUGAUGCAGAAAUCAACUAUACAAAAGGCUAUUUAUGCUUGGUGAUGGAGUACGGCGAAAUUGAUCUUGCACACAUGCUGCUCAACCAGCGAGAGCAGCCAUUUGAUAUUCAUUUUAUUGGGCUUUACUGGCGACAAAUGUUAGAAGCUGUACAAGUAAUCCACGAAGAGAAGAUUGUCCAUUCGGAUCUUAAGCCUGCCAACUUUCUCUUAGUGGAGGGCUCUCUGAAGCUGAUUGAUUUCGGAAUCGCCAAUGCCAUUGCUAACGACACCACCAAUAUUCAUCGGGAGGGCCAGCUUGGUACUGCCAAUUACAUGUCGCCUGAAGCUGUUGGAUCUAAUCCUAACGUAGCAUGUCGAAAAUUGGGGCGGGCGUCAGAUGUUUGGUCACUAGGAUGCAUUCUAUACCAGAUGGUGUAUGGUAAAACACCAUUCUCGGAUGUGCUGAAUGUCUUUAAAAAGAUGAACGUGAUUACCAAUCCGGAUCAUCGGAUAGAGUUUCCAGAGACAGUCUUGUCUCCUCUACAGCCCAAACGAACACAGUUUGCUCAAGUGACUGUAGCGAAACCAACGAAUGUACUCGAUAAUAAUAUUAAUAACAAUGGUGUGGAUGUAAUAGUUCCUGCAGCGGGAUCAGGGCCAGGCACGUUGGGAUUUGGGUCGGGAUCAGGAUCGGAAUCAGGGUCGGGAUCAGAGUCAGGGUUAAGGCCAGAUGGUUCUGCAGUUAUUAAUGGAUCACAAUCAAAAAGCGGUCUCAAUGAAUCUUCAUCAUCUGCACUGGCGCCGGCAAAGACCAUCAAAGUAGAUUUACGUUUAAUCCAAAUCAUGAAAAGCUGUUUAUCAUACCAUUCCAAGGACAGGGUGACUAUACCAGAGCUUUUGAAUGAUCCGUUCUUACACCAUUAGAGAAAUAAAAGACCGAUGGUCUUUGCGUCAACAGCGUUGUGCGUGUAAAAUAACAUAAAUAAAUACAUAAAUCGGC